AGUAAAGUAAACGGACUUUACUUUUUCGCGUGUGGCAGGCGAGGUGCAGUUUUAGCACAUGGAGAUUCUCGAGAUCCGCCCUUUGAUUCAAGCUGCAUGCUUAUCGGGAUGCUCUAAGCAGGGUUGCAGUUCACUGGUUCCCUUUGUUGCUUCCUCACUACCGGCACAUUCCAUCCGUCCGCUCUCCCUCCCCGUUGGCGUCCUUAUCCUUCUCUUGAUCCUUCUUCCCUCAUCUCCUAAAGCUCCCUGACCCUUUCCCUCAAUUUACCCCCACCCACCCACCACCGCCUUGCACCGUUAUUCGUUCCCCCUCUUCUUCCAUCGCCUUUUAAGUUUAUACUUCAGACGGCCAAUCCAUCAUGUCCCCCCUUCCUGCGAACGUUGCUGUUUCUUCCCACCCUUGCUUCAUUUCCAAGCUUAGUCUUCUCCGUUCAGCCUCUACACCUCCAAAAGAAACUAAGGCGCUCGUUCACGAGCUGUCCCUGAUUCUUGCGACCGAAGCUCUUGCACGCGCCCUCACCGUCGAGAAGACUGGUGAGAAGGAUGUUACCCCUCUCGGUGUUACGUACGAGAUUGAGAAGGUUACCAAGAGCAUUGCUCUUGUUCCUAUUCUCCGCAGUGGUCUUGGGAUGCUAGAGGGUCGGUCCACUCCCUUUCUUCUGUCCUAGCACUUAGUUUUAACGAUUACCAUUUUUCAUUAGCUUUUCAAACCCUUCUUCCGGAACCCACUCCCGUUCACCACCUUGGCCUUUUUAGGGAGAAGGUCACUCUGCAGCCGGUAGAGUAUUACAACAACUUGCCUACACGCGCCGAUUCGUCCAAGGACGAGAGGAACUCCCCUUGUGAUAUCGCUAUUGUUCUCGAUCCGGUUAUCGCUACGGGCGGUACCGCUGAGGCGGCGAUUCAGACCUUGAGGGAAUGGGGCGUUCCCAAGGUUACUUCCCUCUGUUAGCCUGCUCUUUCUGCCCUACGCAUUACUAAUUGCACCUUGCUAUAGAUUCUUGUGGUUAGCAUUCUCGGCAGCGAAGAGGGCGUUUCCCGGGCCGCUACCGAAAACGGUGGCGAAGGUCUCGACGUGGUCGUUGGAGCUAUCGAUAGGGAGCUCGGGGGGGAUAACGGGGGAAUGAUUGUUCCUGGGUACGAAUAUUUCCCUAAUCCUCCUUCGCACCAUAACCAGUCCGGCUUACCCUUCUUAGUGUCGGCGAUAUUGGCGACCGCUUAUUCCUUACCAUCGGAAAAUAAUUAA